AUUUACUACGCACAGAUGUGAAAAUUCACGAGAAGUUGUAGUACACUCCCGCUAGCUAGUGCGAAACCGAAACACAAAUUUCGCUUUUCAACAUUUCUUUCGUCUAAUUUGGCAUUAGUGCCAAGAAAUUGCCAGUUGAAACAGAAGAAAGCCGUCGAAAUACUUCUCAGAGUUCGUAUGGAGCAACUGGUGUGACCUCUAUUUUGAAUAUCGCAAUAUUUUGAUACGAUUGAGGAAAGUACGGAGUGGGUAAUGGGGAAUGCGGUGAUAGUUUCCUUACGUCGCUUUCGACCGAGAAUUAAGUUGCGGAGACCAUUUCAUGUGGUCAUGUUGGGCCUCGACAAGAGUGGGAAAACUGCCAUUUUGUAUCGAAGCAAGUGGAAAGAUUGGAAGGAAAGAAUUGUUCCGACUCCAGUGUUUAAUGUAGAAACCGUUCGACCGUCUAAGGACUUGAGAUUUAAAAUUUGGGACGUGAGCGGAAAAGAACAUAUCCGUCCACUUUGGAAGGCGUACGUGCGGCAAACGGACGCAAUUAUUUUCGUCGUUGAUAGUGCAAAUGAGGAAAGAAUUGAAGAGGCGAAGGCUGAACUGUUCAAUCUUGUUGACUCCGCUCAAAUCAAUGGAGCACCGAUUUUGAUAUUUGCGAACAAACAAGAUUUACCAAACGCAUCAGCCCCAAUGGAGGUUUCAGCUAAAUUAUCGCUUCAUAAUCUUAGUUCUAAUCAUUUGUGGUAUCUACAGCCAACCUCAGCUGAAUGCGGAGAUGGCAUUUUGGAGGGUUUGCGUGUUUUAUCGGACAUGAUAGCACAGUGGAAAUCUGACAUGAAGGACUUAAAGAGCGGCCGGCGACAUCGACAUAGAAAAUUGGCGGCUUCGAGAAGUAAUUCGGCCAGCAAUAUUUUAGCAUAGAUGUUGGGCACAAACUGGGAGUUGCUAAAAUGGCGUCUCAUGAAAGUAGUUUGACCCAACAAGAAAUUUAUUCGUUAAAUCUUGCACUAUCACGAAGUACCGAUUACUUAUUGUCUCGUGAUUUAUUUGCGAUUUACGUAAGUUUCCAAUUAACUGGUUCGCUGAAGGUGCAAUUUACAUCCACUUCGAGGCGAACAUGAUUUUGCAAAAUGGUUCAACUUUUUCACUUUUCGUUAACCGUUCAUUUUCAUCAGAUAUACGAAGCGGAUAUUUAGGGAACUUAUCGUAUUUACCAAGUUUUGGCUUUCUCAGAAACCUCAACACAUAUGUUGUGGAUUCACAAAUGUUUACAUUAUUUUGUAUUUAUCGUUUUGAACUCUCGAGACGUUGUUACCUUACACUUUUUUCCGAAGCUUUUCUUAUUUGAUAAAAUUGAUUAUAUGAAGAUAUGAAAGAGUAUUUAUUACAUCUAAUACUAUCCUUUGACGAAGCGACUUAACUUAAUGUAGUUCAUCGUUAAUUUGUUGUGGAAUACUUCUAAUAAUUAUAUCGGUCUGCCGGUAAACCAAGAUGGCAGGUCCAAAAAUUAUGUAAAGCAGCUCUCUUUCCGUCCGCCUAAUAAAAUGGCGUUCAUUUUUUUUUUCUUGAAAUACUACAUAAUUAUCGUGUUUGAAUCUCUGCUUUGCUAGGAAAUGAUUUAUUCAGCCUUCUACUCUGCCAAAGCCUAUUUAUUUUUAUUAUUAAGGCUAUGAGUUAUUUAUGACGCAAAUUAUUAACGUUUUUCAUCGAAGUUGUCGUGUGAAAACGGUUGUGUUUUUUUUUUUCAAGAAGAAAAUAUUAAAGGUCAUUAAUGGUGCAUGCGUGAUGCAUCCUGAGUCACGGUGG